AUGAGUCAGUUUGGAAUUUGUGAGGAAUGUAAUCAAGAAAAUACUGAUGUUCAUUGGUGUAAAGCAUGUAAUGCAAAAUGGUUUCAACAAAAUUUUAAAAAUUGGACUAGCGGUAAUAAUGAUAUUGACAAAUUUAUUCAAGAUACUCAAUUAUCAGCAAUUAAAAAUUUUGAAGUAUUAGAGUGGAUACCUUACAAUAAAUUUUAUGAUAUUGAAUAUAUUGCAAAAGGCGGUUUUGGAAAAGUGUAUAGAGCAAAAUGGAUUGAUGGAUAUAUUAAAAAAUGGGAUAAUGAAAAUCAAAAUUGGAGACGAAAUAAUUUAAAUAUAUUUGUAGCACUGAAAAGUUUAAAUAAUUCAGAAAAUGUUACACUAGAAUUUAUCAAUGAGUUUAAAGAUCAAACAGAACUACAAAAACAAAUUAAAGAAGCAGUUGACAACAAUAAUAGUUUACCGACUAGCAGCAUACCUUCAACUAAUUUAGGAUUAACAUAUGAAACACAUUCUGAAGCUGUUUAUACAAGUAGAUUACUUAAUUUUAAUAAUCUUCCCGAACCAAAAAAUACUGAUGAUUAUUAUGAUGAACGAAAUGAUAAUAUAAUUAGUGAAAAAUUUUCAGAAUCUCUGCAAAUUAAUAUUUCUCAAUUAAAAAUUAGUGAUGCAAGAUGGCUCGAACAAUUUGUUAUAGCUGCGGAAGAUUUAAUGAGAAUUGUUAUGCUUACUAUUAAUAAUGAAUGUAAUAAAGAAUUAGAAAAAUUAGAAGAUCAAAAGCAAGAUUUAUCAUGUAAAUUAUAUGCCGCUGUUAUAAAUGGAUCGGAAAAACAGCAAUAUAUGCGUCAGGAGCAACGACGACAGCAGUUAUGUAUAAUGCGUAUGAUAAAAAAUGAGGAAGCCGGUAAAGUUGUAAAAAUACGAACUCAGAAGAAAGAAAAAAAUUGUAGUUAUACGUAA